ACAAGAAUGUCCAUGUCAUCCUUCCACCAUCGAUCUCUCCAUCUCUUUCAUCCCCCCUCCACCUAUAAAUACUGCUAAUUAGCUCCCUCUCUUCUUCAUCCAAGCUAGCUAUAGCUAGUAUAUAUCUGACAAAUUCAGAGAAAUUCAGAGAGUCACCGCGAGAGCUUAAGCUAGCUAGCUAGCCGGCCAUGGCAUCGCAUGUGGACCCGCUGGUGGUGGGGAGGGUGAUCGGCGACGUGGUGGACCUGUUCGUGCCGACGACGGCCAUGUCGGUGCGGUUCGGGACCAAGGACCUCACCAACGGCUGCGAGAUCAAGCCGUCCGUCGCCGCCGCGCCGCCCGCCGUGCAGAUCGCCGGCAGGGUCAACGAGCUCUUCGCUCUGGUCAUGACUGAUCCAGAUGCUCCUAGCCCCAGCGAGCCGACUAUGAGAGAGUGGCUUCACUGGCUGGUGGUUAACAUACCAGGUGGAACAGAUCCUUCUCAAGGGGAUGUGGUGGUGCCGUACAUGGGGCCACGGCCGCCGGUGGGGAUCCACCGCUACGUGAUGGUGCUGUUCCAGCAGAAGGCGCGCGUGGCGGCGCCGCCGCCCGACGAGGACGCCGCGCGCGCCAGGUUCAGCACGCGCGCCUUCGCCGACCGCCACGACCUCGGCCUCCCCGUCGCCGCCCUCUACUUCAACGCCCAGAAGGAGCCCGCCAACCGCCGCCGCCGCUACUAGCCUCCCUCCCCUCGCUCGGCGUCGCCCAUCCAUCCAUCCAUGGACGGCGACGGCGACCUAGCUAGCUAAUAAGCCAUCGGUCGGCCAUGCUCGCCGUCCAAACUAUCAUGCACCAUAUCAUGUCGUCGUUUAUGUGGUUAAUUAAUUAUUUCCGGCGUUUUAUUACUGUGUGGUGAUUAAUUAGCUGAACUAUUGUUUUGAUGA